CGCAUUUCCACACGGUUUGCACACGAGUUAGCUUAUCAUUAUAUAUAUCGCGGGCCGACGCGUAGCCAUUAUCAGUAAUACUAUCAUUGUUUUUACUAGUGCAGUGAAGUGAUAAUAGCUCAUAUUCGACCAAAAUGCCUUGCUACAACAAAACCCGUCAAUGCAACGCAAUUUGCGACAAGUCAGCAUGCAUCUGCAUUCCGACCAAUGGGAAACCCUGCGUCUGCCUUUAUGUGGUCAACGAUGACAUCAUCCAAUGCAACGAGUGCUGUAACAAUGGCAAGUGUGAUUGCAAGUGUGACAAAGGAGUCUGCUUCAAAACUGCCGGUUCUACCUGCAUUUGCGUGUGUAAGGAUGAUAACGGAAAGGUUAAGAAGUGUGACGAUUGCUCUUGUAAUCUCAUUUGCACAAACUGCCUUUGUGAUAAUGCAGGUCAAUGUGUCUGUCUUCGAACCGAAGGGAGAUCUUGCAUUUGCGUCAAAGAUGACGAAACAGGGAAUAUCAUUAAAUGCAAUGACUGUGAAUGUACAACUGGGAAAUGUGAGUGCAAAUGUAAGGAUGCUAAGUGCACUUGUAUUGGAACUGGAGGAAAAUCAUGCAUUUGUGUAAGGAAAGACGAAAAAGAAGGUGUAAAGAAGUGUAAUAGUUGCACCUGUUGUAAUAUUUGUGACAAUUGCGAUUGUCAGAAGAAAUGUGACAAGAAAGGUUGCGUUUGUCUACUAACUGAUGGAAAAGCCUGUAUUUGUGUCUGUGAAGAUAACAAGGGCAAUAUUAUAAAGUGCAAUGAUUGCAAAUGUACCAAUACCGGUAGUUGUGACUGCAAAUGCGAUGCUUCUAAAUGCAUCUGCAUUAAUACUGAAGGGAAAUCUUGUGUCUGCGUUUGCCGAGACGAAAAAGGAGGUAUCAAGAUGUGCGAUGACUGCACUUGCACCAAUACUUGUAAUGAUUGCGCCUGUGAGAAAAAAUGUGACAAGAAAGGUUGCGUUUGUCUACUAACUGAUGGAAAAGCCUGUAUUUGUGUCUGUAAAGAUAACAAGGGCAAUAUUAUAAAGUGCAAUGAUUGCAAAUGUACCAAUACCGGUAGUUGUGACUGCAAAUGCGAUGAUUCUAAAUGCAUCUGCAUUAAUACUGAAGGGAAAUCUUGUGUCUGCGUUUGCCGAGACGAAAAAGGAGGUAUCAAGAUGUGCGAUGACUGCACUUGCACCAAUACUUGUAAUGAUUGCGCCUGUGAGAAAAAAUGUGACAAGAAAGGUUGCGUUUGUCUACUAACUGAUGGAAAAGCCUGUAUUUGUGUCUGUGAAGAUAACAAGGGCAAUAUUAUAAAGUGCAAUGAUUGCAAAUGUACCAAUACCGGUAGUUGUGACUGCAAAUGCGAUGAUUCUAAAUGCAUCUGCAUUAAAACUGAUGAAAAGUCAUGUGUCUGUCUUUGCCGAGACGGAAAAGGAGGUAUCAAAAAGUGUGAUGACUGUGCUUGCUCUAACUAACAUCUGUAAAUAGAAAGAUGGUAUACCUAUUCUGCGUUAUUGUAAAACAUUUAAUGAAGCACAUUAUUUCAUUUUAUUUUAAAUUUUAUUAUAUGCAUUGAUUAUUUUUUGCUAAUUUUAUCAUAAAAUAUAUUUCUCUAUUUACCCAUAUUCAUAUACAUAAUAAGGAUAUUUUAGUUUGUGUAACCUUUACUAAAGGUGGUGGGUUAACUUAGCAAAUAGCACUGUAAACGCAUUAUUAUUGUUUUUUGAUAUCAAAUAAAUUAUUAUAUUAAAAUGUC